CCUUGAUCGAUCAGCGCCGGCGCAAUCGCGUUGUGGGACGCAAAUGUUGAUCGACGCCGCCGCUCGCUCACGCCGACGCUCGAACGUGCAUCUUGAGGGUCAGCAAAUGAUGGCCUCGCCCCACCAAGCACCCACUGCCGACGAUGCUGCGGCUUCUGUGGAUCUUGCAAAUCGCCGCGAACACGACGAUUGCAAGGCGGCGGAGGCCACGGAGAUCGAGGCGCCCGCGGCGGUGAGAUAUAUACAUGUGUCUAUUGCAGCAACCCCCCACCCCCCCCGCGGUUCCUCGCCGGGGUUCUCUCUCCGCGCGCCGCCACAGGGCGACUGGACAACGAACCCGCUCAUGAACGAGCGCAAGCCUGAGUCCAAGUUUGACUCCUCCAAGGCCGUCAGCAAGGUCGGCGGCGCCAACUGGUUUGGGGCCCUCUCCGGCGCGGAGGGGGGGGCCGGGGGCGACGGCGGCAAGGCGUGCGGCGAGGCGUCCGACGGCUCCGACUCGCCGCCCUACACGCCCUCGGGCACGCCCCUCUCGCCCAAGAAUCGGGCCAAGAAGCCCUCGCUCGACUCGCCGCGCUGCGGCCCCGGCCGCCUCUGCCAGCCCCACCUGCUCAGCAUCUUCAUCGCCUUCCUCGCGGCCGUCGGCAUGGGCGGCGGCGGCGCAGCCGCACUCAACAUCGGCAACAAUUUCCUCUCCACCGGGCGGGACGUGGAGUCGCGCCCCACCAUGGCGGCCUGCUACGCCUCGUGCGAGCACUACGAGCCGACCCCGCCCUGGGCCGAAAAGAAGAAAGGCUGCCUUACGCCAGGGUGCGCGAGGGCGACCUCCGACCCGGCGGAGCAGGGGCGGGACGAAGGCCUGAGUUGCGACGACCUCUACUUUGUGUCCGGAUCGACCGGCCGAGUGAGACCGUGCAUGGAGGAUACCAGGAAGGCCUUCGUCCCUGGCAUGACCACCUACCUCCCCUGGCAGUGGCGGCAGUGCGGGGGGACCUUGGUUCUCGAAACGGAUCCGAACGCCGCGAACGCCAGGCCGACGAUGGCACGAUAG